AUGAAUGACGAAUCGCAAUUCACAGAAAAGGCACUUACUAUCUUGACCAUUGCACAAAAGUUGGCUCAAGAUCAUCAACAUCCUCAAUUGCAACCAAUACAUAUACUGGGUGCAUUUGUGGAGACCCCUGAGGACGGUACCAUAUCAUAUCUACAGAAUUUAUUUGAUAAAGCUCGUUAUGAUUAUGACAGUUUCAAGAGAAUAGUUAACAAGAACUUGGUCAGGAUUCCACAACAACAUCCAGCUCCACAACAAAUUACUCCAAGUUAUGCUCUAGGUCAGGUGUUGGAGAAUGCUGCUAAGAUUCAACAACAACAAAAGGAUUCAUUUAUUGCUCAAGAUCAUUUACUAUUUGCUUUAUUUAAGGAUUCAUCUAUUCAACAAGUCUUUAAAGAGGCUUCUGUAGACAUAGAAUCUAUUAAGCAACAGGCGUUGCAAUUAAGAGGUAAUCAGAAGAUUGACUCUCGUGGUGCCGAUACUAAUACUCCACUGGAAUAUUUGAAUAAAUAUGCUGUUGAUAUGACUGAGCAAGCUCGUGAAGGUAAGUUAGAUCCAGUCAUUGGUCGUGAAGAAGAAAUUAGGUCUACCAUCAGAGUCCUAGCAAGGAGAAUUAAAUCCAAUCCAUGUCUUAUUGGUGAACCAGGUAUCGGUAAGACAAGUAUUAUCGAAGGUAUAGCUGCUAGAAUUGUGGACAAUGAUGUCCCUGAGAUUUUGAAGAAUUGUAAAUUGUUCAGUUUAGAUCUUGCUGCUUUAACUGCCGGUGCCAAGUAUAAGGGUGAUUUUGAAGAAAGAUUGAAAGGUGUUUUGAAGGAGAUUGAACAAUCAAAGACGUUGAUCAUCCUUUUCAUUGAUGAAAUUCAUAUGUUGAUGGGUAACGGUAAGGAUGAUGCCGCCAAUAUAUUGAAACCAGCUCUUUCCAGAGGUCACUUAAAAGUUAUUGGUGCUACCACAAACAAUGAAUAUAGAUCAAUUGUCGAAAAAGACGGUGCUUUCGAGAGAAGAUUCCAAAAGAUUGAAGUCUCUGAACCAACCAUUAGACAAACCGUGGCAAUUUUAAGAGGUUUGCAACCUAAAUAUGAAAUUCACCAUGGUGUUAGGAUAUUGGAUAGCGCAUUGGUUACAGCUGCUCAAUUAGCCAAACGUUACUUACCAUAUAGAAGACUACCAGACUCUGCUUUAGAUUUAGUGGAUAUCUCUUGCGCUGGUGUUGCUGUUGCUAGAGAUUCCAAACCUGAAGAGUUAGAUUCUAAAGAACGUCAAUUACAACUAUUGAAGGUGGAAAUUAAGGCUUUAGAAAGAGACAAGGAUGCUGAUUCUACUACCAAGGAAAGGUUACAGAAAGUUAGACAAAUGGAAGCUUCCUUGGAGGAGGAGUUGCAACCAUUAAGACAACGUUACAACGAAGAAAAACAUGGUCAUGAAGAACUUACAGAAGCCAAGAAGAAGUUAGAUGAAUUAGAGAACAAGGCAGCAGAUGCUGAACGUAGAUACGAUACUGCUACUGCUGCUGAUUUGAGGUAUUUUGCUAUUCCAGAUAUUAAGAAGCGUAUUGCUGACUUAGAAAACAAGGUUGCAGAGGAGCAAGAACGUGCAGGAGCUAACUCUAUGAUUUCAAAUGUUGUUGACUCUGAAACUAUUGCUGAAACAGCAGCUAGAUUAACUGGUAUUCCUGUAAAGAAGCUAUCUGAAUCUGAAAAUGAAAAAUUGAUUCAUAUGGAAAAGGAAUUGUCUUCUGAAGUUAUUGGUCAAAUGGAAGCCAUUAAAGCUGUUUCUAAUGCAGUUAGAUUAUCUAGAUCUGGUCUUUCUAACCCAAGACAGCCAGCUUCUUUCUUAUUUUUGGGUUUAUCUGGUAGCGGUAAAACUGAACUGGCUAAAACCAUCGCAAGUUUCCUUUUCAAUGAUAAGGAUAUGAUGAUUAGAGUCGAUUGUUCUGAGUUAAGUGAGAAAUACUCUGUUUCCAAGUUAUUGGGUACAACAGCCGGUUAUGUUGGUUACGAUGAAGGUGGUUUCUUAACCAAUCAACUUCAAUACAAGCCAUAUUCUGUGCUUUUAUUUGAUGAAGUUGAAAAGGCCCAUCCCGAUGUUUUAACAGUCAUGUUACAAAUGUUAGAUGAUGGUAGAAUCACAUCUGGUCAAGGUAAAACAAUUGAUUGUUCCAACUGUAUUAUCAUUAUGACAUCUAAUUUAGGUGCUCAAUACAUUAAUGCUCAAGAAGGUUCAAAGAUCACAGAUGAAACGAAAAACCUGGUCAUGGGUGCUGUCAAACAACAUUUUAGACCUGAAUUUUUAAACAGAAUUUCUAGCAUUGUUGUUUUCAACAAACUAUCAAGAAAGGCUAUUCAUAAGAUUGUUGAUAUCAGAUUGAAAGAAAUUGAACAAAGAUUUGAGGCCAAUGACAAACAUUAUAAGUUAGAUGUCUCUCCAGAAGCCAAAGAUUUCUUGACUAAAUACGGUUACUCUGAUGAUAUGGGUGCACGUCCAUUGAAUAGAUUGAUUCAAAAUGAAAUUUUGAACAGGUUAGCCAUGAGGAUCUUGAAGGGUGAAAUCCAUGACAAGGAAACUGUUAAGGUUAGAUUAGUUCAUGGAAAGCCUCGUGGCAGUGGUGAAAAGGAGGACCAAGAAGAGAGGUUGGAAGUUGUACCUAACCAUGAAGCCAAGACUGGUGGACAAGAUCAAAACUAUGAUUACGAUGAAGAUAUGGAUGUUGACGUAGAUUAA